GAGAACUGCUGAACAUUUAUCGAUUCUUUGUAAUGUUCAGUUUAACGUAAGUUUCGCGUGAAAAGAAGAUUAAUUGCUCGUUAGACAAAUGCUUGCGCUUCAGGAAAAGUAAAGAUCCGGCAGUAACCAGCCCUUCGUGUGACUCAUUGAACGUAGCCCCCAAAAAUAUGAUUGAUCACAGGAUCUUGUGAACAUGCAGAGUUUCUGGUGGCCUGGCUAUGAAAUGCAGCUUCUUGAACAGCUGCAGACGCAACAAAACCGUGCCCAGUUCUGCGAUACCCUGCUGCAAACUGAGGGUAUCGCCAUCCCAACUCACAGCUGUGUCCUGGCCGCCCUCAGCCCUUACCUGAGCCAGAGGCUGUCGGACUCUCCCUCUCCUCCGUUGGGGCAGAAGCGUCUGCUCCAUCUGCAGGAGGUGACGGCCCACACCUUACUGAAGCUCGUUGGGCUCCUGUACUCUGGGAGGCUGGACGUUAAAAGCAGCAAGGAGCAGAACGAAGUUCUGGCCGCUGCCCACAAGUUUGGAAUUUCCGACCUGGUGUUGGGAUGCAGAGAUGGGGAGUGGAAAAGCGUAGAGCUGCUGGAACGAGGGCAGAGGUUUCACACUGGAGAAGGCAUGGGGAUGGAAAUGCAGGAUGCACAGGUUGAGAAAAGUGGAAAGACGGAGAAUUAUUCUCUUGUUCAAAGGAAAAGCUUUUUAUCUGUUGGGACUCAAACUGUAAACAAUACUCUGAUAUCUGUGGCCAGUCCUGGUCCUCUUUCUGAUCAAACUCCGCCUCCAACUGUAGAAACAGCAGUUUCUGCCUCACUGCUACCUCAAAACCUCGCCAAGAUUUCACUCGCUCCUUACCUAACCGUCCACAACGAGCCAGAGUCUGCAGCUGGACAGUGCUCUGACUCCUCAUCCUUCUCAGCUCCAUCCAGGUACAAAGGAACGGUGCCAUUGGUCGCCAACGACAAUGCCAGUUCACCGACAUCUCAUGAAAAAAACAUUUCCAAACAGUUGGUGGAAAGAGAGAGGAUAGGACAAGAAGAUGGACAUGCGACUGUGGAUGGAGGGAGUUGUGCUCAGCCAAGAGGAGGCUGCAGGGAAGCAAUACGGGCAGAAGAAAAGGAGAAGAGCAACUCGCAUCUUAGAAGAAGUGGAAAGAAUCUGGACAGGAUGAAAGAGGUAGAGCAGAUGAUGGACUCUGCACAGAUUUCUGUCAAGAUGAAACUGAGGAGGAGGACUAAAGGAGAAGAGUGGGAGAUUGUGGAACAUGCAGAUGAGACGGCAUCGGUUCCUACCAACCCGAGUCAGAGUUGCACCAACCAGAAACCCCCUCAAUCUGCUCCUAAAGUUGUCCACACCCCUGCUAACUCUGUCCAUCCUGUCCAGCCUGUCUUCACCUCCUCCCCCCAGCCUCCUAAACACGCCAACACCAGCUCGGACUCGGAGGCGCGCUCCAGCGGCUGGCUCUCUCUGAGCCGCAGCAGCGAGCUGGAGUCCGAGGGUCGCUCGCCGCUUCAGGGUCCCACGGAGGACUCUGAUGAGAAGAUAGACAAGUUGUUGGAGAACAUCAUAAUGAGCAUGAGCAUGCUGCCGGACCUGGGCAGGAGCUGCAGGAAGACGCAUGUGAACCACGACGACGUGCCGGCCUUUUGCCAGGUCCAUGGUGCAGAGAACGGGGAGGGGCCGACUGCGCCGCUCUCUGACGUCUGCACAGAGGAGUGUGUUUUCUACCAGGACCUGGGGAGGCAGGGGAGCCACUCAGACACAGGGCUCCAUUACUGUUUUGGAGCUCAGAACCAAUCAGGCUACAUAAACCCCCCAGCUGCACACACUGCUCUGCAGACAGUGCAACCGCAGGACUCAGAGUUCAGAUCCUUUGGACCGAUGGAUGGGCUAAGCUGGACCGGAGGAGAGAGCUCCCCGUAUCCCGUUUCGUGUUUCUCCAGCGGGCAGAAACUUCACGACUUGAUACUGCAGCAGCCAUUCUGCCAGGAAGACCAAAGCAUCGAGUUUUUGUCUCUCUCGCAUGAAAGCGACACGCAGUCAGUCGAUGCGUUUUCCCUGCCAACCAUGGAGGACUUGAGGCUGCCACAGUGUCUUUCCCCGUUAGUGCCCCCUGCAGGUCACCAACAGCCCGACCCCAGCGUCUCGGGCCGGAUGGAAAAUGAUGUUCAAAGUCUGCCCUGGCUCACAAAGAACGCCUGCAUGCUGACAUUUCCACUCAACGCCAUCACAGCAGGUAAAACUGAGCUGCUGGAAACCGACUGCAACACAGAGCAGUCGCAAAGCUUCAGGAAGCUCACGCUGAAAAACGAAGGACAGGCAAGCCCUGCGAAGAGUGUGGGACAGAGAGAAAUAAAACUCAAACAAGAGAGAAAACCUGACGCCAUGAAGAGGAAGAAAAGCAAACAUGAUGCUGCAGAAGACGUGGUACCGUCCAAGAGGAAAAAAAGACGGCGACCAGAUUCUUGGAGAGAGUUGGCUGAAGUUUCAUCCCUGGACCCAGAAGUUAAAAAUGCAGCAACAGCAGUUUGUUCUGUGAGUUUGUCAUGUAACAACAUCCUGAUGAAGCAGAAAGAAAUUGGCAUCAGCCCCCUAAACAAACCCCCGUCAGGAACAACAGCCACCGGCAACGAGAAAUCCAGAGAACCCAGAACGCAUGGUACCAAACAACCGCGGAUCAGAACCAGGGGCUUCAUGAAGCAGUCUGAGCGCGACACGAGCAACGCCGUCUCAGAUAAAUGCUGCGUUUUGAUCCCGGUGAUCCGCCGGGCCGUCGUGGUGCACAAACAAGAUCCAGGUGGGAACAAGAGGAGACGUGGGAGACCGCCGAAAAUAAAACUUGAGAAUUUUCAAGAAGAUGCCGGCGCAUUCGUUGAGCUCACGGGUCACAUUGAGACCAGCGAGGAAAUGUCAGAGAAGCAGUCGCCAAUGGAAGACAUAAAGUGUGGAAAACUGAUGAGCAGCGAGGAAGAGGCGAGGCAGCUGAAGACCACUACUAGUGAUGAGAGCUCUGGAAAGAACAAAACUGAUAACAUGAAAAGUGGUGAACCACAGAAGCAUUCGUGGAUGGUGACUCUGAAGGAGUUCCAAAAACUGAUUAAUCGCAAACACUCCAAAACAAGGAAAGGCACUGAAGUCCAAGACAGAAACAAACCUGCAGAUGUCGGAGACUUAGAGAAGCACGCUGAAAUAGACAAGAGUGGCGCCUCAGAGACUCACCGCCGGGAGCUUUUUGAUGCUACAGUUGAUGAAAAUCACAACCAGCUUCCCAACCUACUGGCAGCUGCGUGGAGCCUUCAGGAUGUGACGAGCAACUCAGAGGCCAGGAAGAGCUGCGGUUCAGGCGAGGAGGACAAACCGGCUUCUUCCUGCGACGUCCUCGAAGAGGAGAAACGGUUUUCUACAAGUCUUGAUGAAGGUGCAGAUGGCGGCAGCACUCCAUCUGGCUGCAACGGGAAAGAGGAGGACGAAGAGGUGGACGUCAUACUUUACUCUCCCGACAAAUUUUCAACCAGAGAGUUGGGAGAAAGGGUGGUCGUCAUUCCAGAUGAUGAUGAGGAGGACGAGGAUGUUAUCGAAGUAGACGUCAUAGGAGAUGGAGAAUAAUGCUUAGUUAUGUUUUGUUUUUGUUUGGUUUUUUUACCAUGUUUGUUCAGCACUUUUAAUAGUUACACAUUUUUAUAUUAUUUUUGAAGUUCAUUCGUUUCUGUCUGGCAGAUGCUUAUUUUUAUUGAAUCAGAAUUUAGUUUUCCACCAGAUUUAGUUAAGAAUGUACAGUUCGAGUGGAGGAUGUUUACAUUUCUGUAUUAACAAGCAGGAGGAAAGUUCUCACUGUUGUUUAUGAUUUUCAGAUAAAUUUGACUAAUUUCUGUGAA